GGCUAUAUAAACUGGUGGGGCACUUGUUCUACUAUCACUAGCUCAGCACACAUUCUUUAAUAGAUAGUCAGAUACUGCAUAGCAACAGCUGCCUUGCUGGACUCAGCUGGAAGACUCGUAGGCGAAGAUCAACUCCCUCCUCCCCACAAAACACACAGGAGAGAAGUUGGAAAUCAGCAUUAUCUGAAGAAUGAACGGCUGUUCUCUGAGCGAUGUUUGUGACAUCUCCAGUAGGCCAUUCUUGGCCGACUCGCCUCUUGAUGGACACAGGCCUAACGAAUCUGAGUAUAAGCACCACCUCUGGCCAGCCCACUCUCCAGACCUCCCAGCAAGAGUGCCGCUUUUGGAGAUGCUGGAAGACCAGGCUCUGAAAGCACCCAUGGAGGAUGUUGAAGUCAAGAUAGAAACAAAAGAGGAAAGGAAGACACAAAACCAGACUCCAGUGAGAAAAUGUGGGAAGCGAGUCUGCAAAGCCGUGGGCUAUAUCACAGGAGACAUGAAACAGUUUGGAGUCUGGCUUCAAGGUAAACCACUCCCAUUUCAGUUUGUCGACUGGGUCCUGCGAGGGAUAUCCCAGGUGAUGUUCGUCAAUAACCCUCUCAGUGGGCUUAUCAUGAUUGUUGGGUUCCUGGUCCAGAAUCGUUGGUGGACGCUCACAGGCUGUUUAGGAACAGUUGUCUCAACAUUAAUAGCACUUCUUCUGCAUCAAGACAGAUCAUCCAUAGCAGCGGGAUUGCAUGGCUAUAAUGGGGUCCUGGUGGGACUGCUCAUAGCAGUAUUCUCUGACAAGGGAGACUUCUAUUGGUGGCUUCUACUGCCUGUUGCUCUUACAUCCACGACAUGCCCUGUUUUCUCCAGUGCUUUAGGCUCAAUCUUCAUCCUCAUUAAACCUGCAACAUCAGUGCCCAAUAUCACCUGGUCCAACAUUGAUGUGCCAAAGCUGUUACAAUCCAUUCCAGUCGGCGUCGGCCAGGUGUACGGCUGUGAUAACCCCUGGACUGGUGGCAUCUUCCUGGUUGCUUUAUUCAUCUCCUCUCCUCUCAUUUGCUUGCAUGCUGCAAUCGGAUCAGCAGUGGGGAUGCUGGCAGCACUGAGCCUAGCAGCACCUUUUAGCAAUAUCUACGCUGGCUUGUGGAAUUACAACAGUUGCCUCGCAUGCAUCGCUAUCGGGGGCAUGUUCUAUGCUCUGACAUGGCAGACCCACCUGCUAGCAAUUGCCUGUGCAUUCUUUUGUGCCUAUCUGGGAGCAACUGUGGCCAAUAUGUUUUCUGUGUUCGGAUUACCGGCGUUUACCUGGCCUUUCUGCUUGUCUGCACUCACCUUUCUGUUAAUAACCACAAACAUCUCUGCCAUCUACAAGUUACCUCUCGCCAAAGUCACUUACCCAGAAGCCAACCGAGAGUAUUACCUCACAAUGAAGAAGCAGUACCGGGCUUACGAUGGCGCCAGUGGCGCCGUGGCGCCGUGCCCAGACUCAGAAGGGGCCCCGGCCAGCCCAAUCACCCGGCCAGCUGAGCCAGCCAGGAAAGCUGUCUCCGCCCCUGCUCUGCCCCCGCCCCACCUCUUCCCAGCCUUGCUCCGCACCAGCCCCACCCCCACUCCAUCCCCUCCCCUAAGCUAUGUGUCCCGGGGGACUGCAGCAGGGGUUGGGCACACCCUGCACUCAGCAGGUGGUGGGAAGUGGAGUGACCCGGCCCCAGCCCGCUCCACUCCCCUGGCUCCUAGCCGUGCCACCGGUGAGUGCCAGGGGGCAGUUCCCCCCUACCCCGCAAGUCCCAAGGCUGGGAACCAGGGGAGCAGAGCAGAGCAGGCAGGGGCCAGGUUACUCCACUUCCCCCCGCCCCGUGAGUGCGGGGUCGGGCCCACCCUGCAAUCACCGGGUGGCAGGAAGUGGAGCGACCCAGUCCCAACCCGCUCCGCUCCGCUGGCUCGUGCUGGGUGGCGGUUUACCCCCUGCCCCGCAAGCCUGGGGAGGAGAUGGAGCAGUGGGGAAGGGGCAUGGGAUGGGGAAAAGAAAGGGGUGCCAACAACUCAGGCCGAUCAAAAAGAGGACCUGGCUGUGUCUGGUCAGCACUGCUGA